CGGUUAAUUAUCGUCUCUGCUUCUUAGAAGAAGGGGCGGGCUGUCGAGUCCGGAGUUCAGGAGUAUACAGAAAAACAUUGGCAGUGUCGUCAAGUUUGCACGAAGUCAAGAUGUUGCUUCGGGUCGUAGCAGGUAGCCGGUUCGGAACGGGGAUCCAGAAGGAAGUCCUGCGGGCCGCGGUACCGGGAGUUAGGCAAGAGCGUCAUUCUUCCACUGCAGAGGUUAGGAAACAAUCUCCAAGGACGGUGGGCUCUCUCAAGAAGACUGCUCUGUAUGAGUUCCAUCGCGCUCAGGGAGGGAAGAUGGUGGAGUUUGCUGGCUGGAGCAUGCCUGUGCAGUACAAGGACAGCCACAUCGCCUCCCACCUGCACACACGGCAGCACUGCUCCAUCUUCGACGUCUCUCACAUGCUGCAGAGUAAAGUUCAUGGGAAGGACCGGGUGAAGUUCAUUGAGAGCCUGAUCGUGGGAGACGUUGCGGAGCUGAAGGAUAACCAGGGCACACUAUCACUCUUCACCAACGAGAAGGGCGGGAUCAUGGACGACCUGAUCGUCACAAAGACCAGCCUGGGCUACCUGUACGUUGUGUCCAACGCGGGCUGCGCAGACAAAGACUCGGCCCACAUGCAGGCUAAACUAAAACAGUUCAAAGCUGCCGGGCAUGAUGCAGAACUGGAGUUUCUAGACUAUUCCCUGAUUGCUUUGCAAGGCCCGGAAAUGGCAAGGGUCCUUCAGGCAGGUGUGUCGGACGACCUCCGCAAACUGACCUUCAUGACGAGCACCAUGGCAACAGUUUUUGGAAUCGCGGACUGUAGAGUGACCCGCUGCGGAUACACUGGAGAGGACGGGGUGGAGAUCUCGGUCCCCUCGCAGCAUGCAGUCCAGCUGACCGAGACCCUCUUGAAGGACAGUGCGGUCAAGAUGUCCGGUCUGGGGGCCAGAGACAGCUUGCGGCUGGAGGCGGGGCUCUGUCUCUACGGCAACGACAUCGACGAGGGCACCACCCCCGUGGAGGCCAGCCUGGUCUGGACGAUAGGUAAGCGUCGGAGGAAAGCGCUGGAUUUCCCCGGGGCCUCCAUUGUGGUUCAGCAGAUCAAAGAAAAGACGAGGAGGAAGCGUGUGGGGCUGGUGUCCACAGGGCCCCCUGUCCGGCAGCACACCCCAAUACUGAGCCCCGAGGGCAGGGUGAUCGGUGAGGUCACCAGUGGUUGCCCCUCCCCCUGCCUCAAACAGAAUGUUGCCAUGGGAUACGUGGAGGCGGAGUUCAGCAAGUUGGGAACGCCCAUCAAGGUGGAGGUCAGGAAGAAGGUCGUCGAUGCGGUCGUCAGCAAAAUGCCGUUCUUCCCAACCCGAUACUACAGCGGGAAAUAGGACUGGACAGCAGCAGUGCCCAGACGUGGAAUUGUGUGCAGUCUACACUCAGCUCUAGAGUACAGCGUUUCUCUGAAGAAUGUACACGGGGAGGGCAAAUCCAAUGGCAUAACUUAGAAGAUCUUUAUUUGAUCUCAAUCAUGGUGAUGCAGGAAUUCAUAAUUUCAUAAUUAACUGUUUACAUUUGGAAACCAAAUCACGGCAUAAAAGCACAGCAGUCACCGAAGCUCUGAGAGCGUGCUGCAAGAUUUAACAUCUUAGCAGGAGACAAGCUCAGUCCAUGCAUUUACUUUACAUUCAGAUACUGUAUAUUCUAACUGAGAUACAGUAUUAGUCUAACCCAGGGCUGUCCUAUAGAUGUUUCACUGAGAACGUGACUCUUGAUUUUGAGGUGAACAUUUUAGUUAGCUUUGUAGUUGUAGUAACCUAAUUUAGUCUGGGUAAAAAUGUCAGGGCAGUUUGGCCGGCUAACCUAAGAGUUCCACAAUUUGAGACGGACAGUGUAAACACACACACGCACACAUACGCACACACCCACACACACGCACAGACACACACACGCAUACACCCACACACACAGACAGACACACACACAUACGCACACACCCACACACACAUACGCACACACCCACACACACAGACAGACACACACACGCACACACCCACAGACAGAUACACACACAUACGCACACACCCACACACACAGACAGAUGCACACACCCACACACACAGACAGACACACACACACAUGCACACACACAGACAGACACACACACUCACAAUAGUGUAUCGCUGACUCAGGAGGAUUCUGGGGAGCUUUUAAAUUGUUCAAAUGCACAAUAAAAUAAAAUCAGGUGUUCUUAACAAGCCCAGGAAAGAAGCAAGAUUCCAAAGUGCUACGGACCCAGCUGUCAACUAUGCUGUUCAAACUGCCAAGGAUAUUAGAAUUGGGAGCUUAUAAUACUAACUAAAUGCACGAGGAUUGUUUUGUGGAAUUUCUAAUCUAGUUGUGCUUUAUAAUACAGAAAUCAUUUUGUAA